CAAUUCUUACGUUCUUUCACAAAAUUCUCGCACGUGCGAGUUUGGUUGUGUCUUUGCUUGAAGUGUUCGUGGAGGUUGCUGGAUGAAGAAUAGAUUGGUGUCGCAUUCGUCUUCUGAUAAUUAACGACAGAGUUCAGAAGUGAGAGAGACUGUGAACCUUGACAAGAAGCAGGGAGGAGGAGGAGCGUGUGAGGCGGAGAGUUGUGAGGAGUUAACUGCCUGGGAACAUCAUGUCAGGCUCCAAAUGCUACAAGUGUAAUCGUAUGGGACACUUUGCUAGAGAGUGUCCCAUGGGUAGUGGUCCUGGCCCCAGGGGUCGUGGGGGUCCAAGAGAUAUCUACUCUUUAGAAAAAUGCUACAAGUGUAACCGUCCUGGCCACUUCGCACGUGAUUGUAAGGAGGAGGAAGACCAUUGCUACAGAUGUGAUGGCGUUGGUCACAUUGCCAAGGACUGUGAACAUUCCUCAGAUGAGCCUUCAUGCUAUAACUGCUCCAGAAUGGGCCACAUAGCCCGUGAUUGUCCAGAACCAGAGCGUACCUGUUAUGUUUGCAACAAAAGUGGACACAUCUCCCGUCAGUGCACCGAAAACAAGAGUGAAAAUCGAAAUGCAAAGUCAUCCUUGCAGUGCUAUGUGUGUGGGAAGAUUGGACAUAUUUCCCGUGAAUGCCCCAUUGGAGGAGAGCAAGACAAUGAGAAGCGUUGUUACGUGUGUGGUGCAUCUGGCCACAUCUCUCGUGACUGUCCUACAGGCGAGAGUGAUACAACAUGCUACAGGUGCAACUUGAAGGGCCACAUGGCCCGUAAUUGCCCAAAGUGUUACAUGUGUGGCGAAUUUGGGCACAUCUCCCGCCAGUGUGAGAUGGUGGCUUAAAGCGGCUGCCCCACUCCUUGUCUCUCCCUCCGAAACUUCUGCAGACUACGAUAGUGUUCUCAAACUGUGUAGUGGCAGUUUUGGGUCACUAAAGUUUAAGCCAGGUCAGCUACCACUUUUGGCAUUUCCUGGUAUGAACUAGGCUAUUUGCUGAUGCUGGAAUGCAAAUUAACAGGGUACCAGUGUUGAAAAUUUACCUGGAAUCCCUUUUAAACUUGUCACUGGAGGAGGUGGAAAGCAGUUUGUUCGAUAAGUAAGGUGGGAAGUUCAUUACCACACUAAGUCUACUGAGAAUGACUUGAUAUAUUUUAGUGCUCUAAAACGUUAUUGGUGAUGAGUAGGAGGGAUAGGAAAGUGUUCCUAGUACCUGAUCAAUAAAUUGCUUAAUCUUUAUCAUUGCUUUUUUUUUAUUUUUUUUGUUACAAGUUGACAUCAUUUCAUCUAAGAUUUAAAAAUGUUUGAGGAGCUGGAGUCAUUGAGGAGAGGAGGGUCACAGGAGAUGGAGCUCACCAAAGCUCCCCAUUUAAUAAGGUAAUUCUCAGCUUGCAAGAUCCCAGUAUAGCCAUUAGAAUCCUUGCAUGUUGAGAGACAAGACAGAGAUUACAUGUGGAAGCUUUUACAGUGAAUUUUUUAAUGUCUUUACACACUUGUGUAAUUUUGAAAGGCAACUUCCAAAAUUAAAGCUCCUUAUGUAAUCUCGUAGUCUUCAUAUGAGAGCAUUUUACAAGGGCUUCUUUUUUUUCCAUAUAGUCUCAUCCACAAAUAUGUCCAUAUUGUUGUUUGGCAUAUAAAAUUAGUUUUCUGAAGACAAUCAGAUAAAGAUUCCAAAUUAGAAGGAUUGGGUGUUAUUUUUUUUUUUUUUUCUUUCAAAGUUUACAGACUUGUGUCAAAGUUUUGAAGCUCUUUCAUUUAGUAGAUCAUCAUUACUGUAUUAAUCAGUGUUUUUUUCCUGGUGUUACUUUGAUUUGUUCAGCAGAGCUUCAAAUGAGGGAAAAUUUUUGUUUAUUUUAAACUUAGUUGAUGUGGCAGACUUGGUGUUAGGGGUUUUAGGUGUAAUCUUUACUGUAAAUGAAUUUAUAAUUUUUCAUUUUGUGCUGAUGACCUAAUCAUAGAUCAUAUUCAAGGCUAUUGGAUUUCCUUCUUGAUAGGCCAUUAUAGGAUUUGUAAUGGCAGCAAAUAUUCUGGGUUUUGUAAUCUACAUAUUCGUCUUUUGUAAUAUUUUUAAUAUAUCUAUUUUCUUGCAUGAAUUUAAUCUCAAUUUCAGCAUUGUCCAGUUUAGCUUAUUACCAUUUUUAUUACAAGCAGAGUAGUGGUGGUUCUCAUUUUGCCUCCAAGCACCCAUCAAAAGUGCUUAGAGAAGGAGGAAAAUAAUUUACUGACGAGUGAAAUGGUCAUCAGCACAAAGGUGUUGUUGCAAGGAGGAGGAGAUUUGUGAACACAUUAUUUAAAUUUGUCGUGGGAGUUCAAAAAUAAUGUCACGAAAACUAGCUGUAGAGGAAACUACUUGAUGAUGACGAUGGACUGUUCCGGUAUUGGUUGGCACAGUCUACGUUUGAGGACAAGGAUGGUCGUGUGUAUGCAGAGGAGACAAAGGAGUUAAGGUUUUAAUGCACACAUGGAGUGUGGUUAGUGACUAAUGUUUGAUUUGCUAUGAUUGAUAGCAUAGGAGGGUGCAUAGAAGGUGUAUAUCCUACUUGCUCAUCCCCAUAGUUAAGAUUUUUCAUGUUAUACGAGGAGGAGAAGGUCGGAGACGACAGUAUUUGUCGGGUGGGGGGUAGAGUGGAAAAGUUUAUAUCAUUAUUAUUGUUUUUGUGUAUCCUGUUUCAGGCACAGAUUUUUCUUGAAUGAAUGCUGGUAAGCACUGAAAUCAAGCUUUACACUAUUUUCUUGGACUGUACUGCUAGGUCAGAAUAAUUCUUGCUCAGUGAGAGAAAAACCUCAUUUAAAUGCUUUACUGUUGAUUUAGGGGUGGGUCUCCUAGUUAUUAUGUGUUAUUACAAUAUGCAGUACAUUUGUAUUGUAGUGCAAAUGAUUUCUUCCAGUUAUAAAACCUGUGCCUCUUGCAGGAAUGAGCAUGAUACUUUUCCACUCCACCUUUCCUCCUGUGCCUGGGAACCCCCCUUUUACCUCAUAACGGGUUCCUUAAAAGGUCACGUUCAUGAUCUUUCAACCAGUACCUGCACAGUCGCCCCUUUGUUGUUGUGAAGGAGAUGCUGAUAUGAGUUUUGGUUAGCAGCUGUUUUUCUUGGAUGUUAGAAAGGCUUAUUAUUUCAUCUCCUGUAAGAACUGCCAGACAAAGUUAUUCAAGAGAGUAAUGCAAAGGAGAGCCUUGUUGAAUUUGUUACUCAGGUUCAGUUUCUUCUUCAGUAAUAGUCAUUAGCCUUUUGUGUGUUACAUCCAAGGAACAUAGUGGCUGAUUAACAUUCAUGUAUAUAUAAUAAUAAUAAUAAAAAUGAGAGAUAUUUUGUUACAAACUAUUAGCUUUGAGGCAGAAGAGAAGCGCGAUUGAUUAUGAAGUCUUCUAGUCCUUUAAGAUUCCCACUUAAGUGAGUUGUUGUUCACAUUUUUUACUCUGAAGUAGUGUGUGCAUUGAAGAAAUAAAUGUCCUUGGUGUGCCUGGUAUACCUCAAUAAACAGGUUCACUUUGAAA